AUGUGCAAGCUCUGGCUGGAAAAUUGUAAGCACAAGCUGUACCUGGAAAUACUGCCAAACACCAGCAUCAUUAUCCCAUUUCAUAAUGAAGGUUGGACUUCACUCCUGCGUACCAUACACAGUAUAAUUAACCGAACCCCGGAGAGUCUGAUAGCAGAAAUCAUUCUAGUAGACGACUUCAGUGACAGAGAACACUUGAAGGAGAAGUUAGAGGAGUACAUGGCCCGGUUUUCCAAAGUGAGGAUCGUUCGCACCAAGAAAAGGGAAGGGCUCAUCCGGACCCGCCUCCUGGGGGCGUCCAUGGCCAGAGGAGAAGUCCUGACCUUCCUGGACUCCCACUGCGAGGUCAACGUGAACUGGCUGCCCCCGCUCCUGAACCAAAUUGCACUAAACCACAAAACCAUCGUGUGCCCCAUGAUCGAUGUCAUUGACCACAAUCACUUUGGGUAUGAGGCACAAGCUGGGGAUGCCAUGCGAGGCGCCUUCGACUGGGAAAUGUACUACAAAAGAAUCCCCAUCCCUCCAGAGCUCCAGAGGGCAGAUCCCAGCGACCCUUUUGAGUCUCCUGUGAUGGCUGGAGGUCUCUUUGCUGUCAAUCGCAAAUGGUUUUGGGAGUUAGGUGGCUAUGAUCCAGGUUUAGAAAUCUGGGGAGGAGAACAGUAUGAAAUCUCUUUUAAGGUUUGGAUGUGUGGAGGAGAAAUGUUCGAUGUUCCAUGUUCUAGAGUUGGUCAUAUCUACAGGAAGUACGUCCCUUAUAAAGUUCCAUCUGGGACCAGCCUGGCAAGAAACCUGAAGCGGGUGGCCGAGACCUGGAUGGACGAAUUUGCCGAGUACAUUUACCAGCGCCGCCCGGAGUACAGGCACCUCUCCACGGGGGACAUCUCCGCCCAGAAGGAGCUGCGCAAACAGCUCAAGUGCAAGGACUUCAAGUGGUUCAUGGCGGCUGUGGCCUGGGAUGUGCCCAAGUACUACCCUCCCGUGGAGCCCCCACCUGCUGCCUGGGGAGAGAUUCGAAACGUGGCAGCCAAUCUCUGUGUGGACAGCAAGCAUGGAGCCACGGGAACCGAGCUCAGGCUGGACAUCUGUGUCAAAGAUGGCUCGGAAAGGACAUGGUCUCAUGAGCAGCUCUUUACUUUUGGAUGGAGAGAAGACAUUCGACCUGGUGAGCCGCUGCACACCCGAAAGUUCUGCUUCGACGCGAUCUCGCACAGCAGCCCGGUCACUCUCUAUGACUGUCACGGCAUGAAGGGGAACCAGCUCUGGGGCUACCGGAAGGUAAGAGUCAGCUCACAGCAGGCAUUCCCAAACUGCCGGGCUAAAGGUCUUCUCACUCAGUGUUUUCUUUUAAAACACACGGAUGGAAACUGCUACCCGGACAUGUGUACACGUAUUUGGCCCACAUGCUUGGAGACCACCAGCAGAGAUGAGGGGAAAGAUAGAGUGUUUGGGGAGCGGCCUGCUUUUGGCUUUGUUUGUGAUGCCAAACAGUUAUGA